CGCACAGACAGGCGGCAGCCCUCACAAAGUGGGAAGUUUUCGCCAAAGGAUUCUGAGUAAAAAAAUUAAUCACCUUCAUGUCGACUCUGUUGGAUACUAACCCGCCGAUGCUAUGGUUACCUUUAUUACGAUCUUACAGGUGAAUCUAGUGAUGUCCAUCCUGCUGUAUGUGAUGGUCCUUGUGUACCUUUAUGGUAUCCAGGGAACCAACAUGGACAGCAGUCACCAGGGACAACAGCAGCAGCAGCAGCAGCCGAGUCCCAACCCUUUAAACUCUCUCAUAAUCCAGCUGCUUCAGGCUGACCUGACAAGAGGGAAGACCAGGGGGAACCAGAGCCAGCAGGGGAUAAGCAGGGACGCAAAACUGCAGAACACACUGCCCCCUCUCCUGAGCUUUUCCUUGGAGGAACAGGUUGAUGCAAAGCAGUGGGGGCCAGGGGGCCGCAGUGGUGGGCGCAGUGAUGGUGUGGUCAACCAACAGGGAGUGCUGUUAAAUGUGGACCUCUUUAGGAAGUACAAGCGGUACAGUUCACCUCGGGUGCUGCUGAGUGACCGGCCACCACUACAGCCGCCACCUUUGUACCUUGCAGAUGAUUUUGUGAGCAGUGGAGCAGAUGGAGGGGCAGCUGGAAACAAGACACGAAAGAAGCGGUAUGCUGAACACAAGAGCUACCGAGGGGAGUAUUCUGUUUGCGACAGCGAAAGUCGGUGGGUGACAGGUAAAACCCAAGCUGUGGACAUUAAGAGUCGAUCUGUGACUGUUGUACCCAAAUUUAAAGGCCCUGCCAUGCAGGACCUCAAACAGUACUUUUAUGAGACACGCUGUCGGACCCCUAGGCCCGCCAAAGGAGGCUGCAGGGGCAUUGACGAUAAGAACUGGAACUCACAGUGCAAGAACGUAGAGACAUUUGUUCGAGCACUAAUACAAGUUCAUAAUUCUAUGACCUGGGAGUGGAUACGCAUUAACACUUCCUGUGUCUGUGCACUGUCAAGAAAACGCCGUAGGACGUAACCAAAACAGCGGGAGCCUUUCUGGGGACUACCAAUUUGGAAUUCUACUUCCUGUAUUGGAUUUUAUUUCUUCUUCACAGUGCUCCCUACCCAGGAUUCUGUAUCAUGGUGGUAAACAGCAACAUUCUGCUGAAGAAAUCAUGGGUCCAUUUAAAUGAUAUUUCACGUUUAUGUGCUGCAAGAUGGUUCAGCACUGCUGUUUUGGAAGAACUUCCUUGAGAAGAAGCAGAGAUGUGGUUGUGUGAGGCAGAACUGUACAUAUAAGUUAUUUAAAUUAUAUGAAAUGCAUGUAGUUUAUACAUGUUUAUCUAUCUAAAUAUGAUGUAUGAAUAUAUUUGUGUUAUUUAUUGAAAGAAAUCUUCAAAAGCAAAUAAUGUUAAAAAAAAGAGGAAUGAAACAAGCUAUGAACUUGCUUUGAGACUAUAAUACAGAGCUGGGCUGCAAAGGUGCUUCACAGUGAGACUUUAUGUGCCUUGACUGGUGUUGCUGCAGAGCAGAGAGAUAGGACAUGGUAACAACAGUUGCCGUAAAUGUUUUGGCAGUGAACUUGAAAAGUGACCGACCUGCAGGGGCCAAUCCUGUCCAGACAGUUGAUAUGGAGCCCAAAUUCUUAUCGCUGUAAAACCAAAAUGGAGAUAUGAGACUUGUUAACAUACAUUUCCAUUGUCUUCACUGUUGACCCUACAUUUAUGUUGUAUUUGAGUUCAUUUGUGACAGCAGGAGACAUUUCUGACUAAUCAAAAGGAAAUUCUUAAAGAAACUCCUGCUAAUGACUCGUGGAAUUUAAAGGAAAUCCAUGGGCUGCAUGUUCAUCAAGUUUUGCUAUCACCUGGUAUCGUGAGCUGUUUUUGUUUCUUCCUUUUAAUAAAAACCCAAAUUUCCUGCGGUUGGAAACACUUCACUAAUAAAUGCCCAUUUAGAGCUAUUAUGGUGCCAAAGAUAACAUUAUAUGUGUUUGCCCAUAUUGCAUUUCUUUCUUAGACAAUGCAACCCAUAUUAAAAAUCAGUUUUGAUAUGCUCAUUUUGUAGACCAAAUGAUACUCUUAUAAAAGGGAGUAUACAAUAUUUACAAUCAUAUUUCUGCUAUUGCGUGGAAAAAACCCAGCUUUGUUAUUUUGUCUUAGAUUAAUAGUUUUUGGAUUUACACUGACAGUCAGAAAUCCCUUCACAAAAGUUUAGACUUAACAGAGUUUAUGGGUGAAAAUAUAAACAGAUACAGUAAGGUUUGGAAUAUUCUGUGUUUGUUACAGUGUCAGCAUAUCCCACUGAAAGACCUAACACAUUCUUAUUCCCAUCUCGUCAGCUAUUAUGGCAAAAACUAAGCCCAGUAUAUUGGCACAAACAUCUAAUACUAGCAGUCAAGCACGGUGGUGGACAGGUGAUGAUUUGGCUUGAGCCACAGGAUGUGGACACUUUGUGACAAUGUACUCCUGUGUACAUUGCUGUGCAUGCCAAUGGCAUGUACAUGACAAUGACUCCAUCAAAACCAGCAAGUCUACAAAACAAUAGCUUGAAAAGAAAAGAAGUGGUGUGUUACAAUAACCUUAGCAAAAUUCAGACCUGGAAAUCAUUUAAAUGAUUUAAAUGCUGGGGCAACAUCUCAGCCAUGCAGAAAUGAAUGUUUGCAAACCUCAGUAACCUGCAAUGUUGAACAUUCUCAUUGUCAACUGGUAACAUUCUGCUGCAAAAUCAAGAGCCCUUUACACAAGUUUUUAAUGUUCCGAGUUCCCUAACCAUCAUUUUCCGACACAAAGGGAACUGCUCUACAGCUGCAUGAUGCAAAUAAUAUUGAAUGAGGCAGCUGGCGUUUCAAUCCAGCUGGUGGCCCUCUGCUGCCUGUCCUCACCCUUUCUGUUCCCUCUUUCUCAUACCACAAGCAACUGAAAAAGUCUUUAAAAAUUAUAACUGUUAGUGAAAGUUAAGAAAACACCAAGUCAAAUCAACAAAGCUUUAGUUAUGUAGCACUUGCAGGUCUUUACAGAACAACAAAAACAGCCAAGAAGAGUUAAAAUGGAGUGAAAAUAACAGCAACACUCACAAAGACUAUUUCCAGUAGCACUGAAAUAUAAACAAUAAUAAGACCAAAACUCUAAACAUGAAAAGGUCAAUAAAUUAAGUAGAGGCUUUAUGAAAGGGGUAAGGAUUUAGCUUGGUAAUAAAAGCAGAAAGGGAUGUUGAAUUAAAGACCCAAACUGGAAGUUGGCACUGUGGUAGAGGAGCCUGAAAACUUCAGGUUCUGCUUCCUGUUCUGGGCUGAGUUGUUGUAGGAUGAUAUCGAACAACGAGAACUUUAAGAUGGUAUGGAUUUAGACUAUUGUGUAUGUGAUGAGACGAAUCUUAAAUUUAUAUUACAAAUUAAACAGGCAACCAUUGUAGAGCAACUAAGAUAGAACAAAUACAUAAUGGAUUGUUGAUUGUUGGACAUUGUGGGACAUUUAGAAAAGCGAUUAAAUUUAUUCUAUUGCCUAAAACUUAAAAAGUGACAUGACAACAUGUUCUUUUACUGUUGCAUUACCAGAAAACCCUGCACACCCAAAAGGGAUUCUUUAGGGUUAUCCUGUGCAUUCAAAGCUGAUAAAGCAGCCGCCUGGGCAAGUCAGUAAGCAACAAGUUGGGAGUGAGAAUGGGUUGAAAGACCAAAAACAAAAAUGAAGUGAUUGUAAUAACAUGUAUUGUCUCUGUCUAAACCUUGUACAGCUCUCCAGUGUCAGAAAUCCACUGCUCUCUCAUAAAUGCUAAAAAACACAUCAGUGAGCCACGCUGCUGCAUUGUAUGUCAUGAUACAUUAUAAUCAAACCAUUUUUAUGGAUGUAUGGAGGAUGGUACAAACAAGUGAAAAAUUAAAGGAAAACU